AGAAGUCUCUUGUCCGCUUUGUGAAUGGUAGUAAUGUUCGAUGGCAAUGGAGAGGAUCCGAUCGCUGCAGGCGAAAGGCUGCGCUCUGAAGGCCGCGGUGGGGGCUUUGCCGCUCGGCAUCGUGGGGGUACAUGAGCAAUGGCGACUGCAAAGGACAAUCAAGAGGGAGUUAUGCUUCCUAGAACAGAUGGAGCGAGGAAGUCUGGAGAUAACCGACGCACGGCUACGCAGCUCUAAUCUCGACCACGUGGCUGCCAUCCUGGCAAUCCUGAAACAUCCAGAGAUCAGCAUGGUGUCGGGGGUCCUCCAAAGCAUCCCGAUCCCUGUCCCAAUCCGUCCAGAUCAGCAUGACACGAUGGGAAAGAAGGCAAGAAGAGAGAAAGAAGAAAAUAAAAGAGGAGCAGCUGAUGGAGAGGAAGGAGAAAAAGGUGGUGGUUCCGCAAUCGUCGCGGAGUGCGCCUCGGAGGCGAUGGCGAUUGACGAUAAGGUUCCCGCCAAUUUACCCCUAUCUUUAUCCAAAUCCAAGGAUAAGGAUAAGCCUCAGCGUGACGACGUGUCAAAGAGAUCGGCGUCAACCGCUGUCCACGUGGACGUUAUCUGCUUGAUGAAUGGGAAGGUGUGCUGGAUCUGCGUAUCUAGUUUGAAUCCCAGACACGCCACGUGGACCGAUGACAUCGACUGGAAGGAUGACAUGUCAGGAGGACGACGCAAGGGCGCGGGCAUCUUGAGACGCGCUGCGUUGCUUCGUAAAGCGGCUGACGUGGCACCCAUUUUAUCCAAACCGGAUCGCAUAGUUCUGUGCUCGGUAGGUCCGGUGCCAGAUUGCAUCGACCGAGGUCUAAGGGAGCAGCUGGCGGCGAAGAGCGGUGAGCUCAGCGCGACGGGGGAUCCGUUACGUGGAGAAGAUGUCCAUGGGUAUGGAGAUUGCACCGACAACGCUAGAGCAUACGGAGGAGGAUAUGAGGUUGGCAGAGAGGAAGGCGGCGUUCGUGGAGAAGAAGAACAAGAGCAAGGCGGAGGCACAGACAGGCCGAUGGUACACCAGGUCGAGAGUGAGCUGGAGGGAAGUGACGAUCAAUCAAAUGCUCAAAUAAUCGAAGAAGAAGAAUGGGAGGAGGAGGAGGAGGAGGAGGAGGAGGAAGAAGAGGAAGAUUGGCUUAUUCUUAGCUUCAAUCAAGGCCGUGAUUCAAGGGCUGGAAGUGAAGAAAGCGGGGGGAAAGGAGAGAAUGAGAAAAAAACGGUAGGGCAAAGAUGCAGCCGCCUUACGUGUUACGUCAUCGAUAUCGAUGGAAGCAAGAGUGAAAGAGAGGAAGAAGACGAGGAAAACAAGCUCCAGGGAGCGUCCACGUGGCCAAUCAGGCAGGGGAGCAAUCCACACAGCCAAGCGGAGGAGCAGGAAUCACGAAGCGCCACUGAUGAAGAUGGGAUCUUGGUGGAGAAGGGAGGGAAGAGCGACGAGGAAUGGGAGGAGGAAGAAGAAGAGGGAGCGGGGAAAGAGGCGGAAGAGGAGAAGGAGGAGGAGGAGGAGGAGGAGGAGGAGGAGAAGGAGGAGAUGGAUACAGAGCUCCAACUGGCAGCAAAUGCCAGGGAUAAGGACUCGAUCUCCAUGAUGACUGGUCAUAGAGAGAGAGGAGGAUUGGGGGCGAAGCAGUUGAUGAUCAAUCUCGACACCACUGCCAUGGUAGCGCUCGUUUCUGACGUAACAAACGGAGCUGCCUUGUCUCUGUCCCGGUUGACGGAACAGGCGUUGCGAUCCCGAUUUGCCACCACGUGGCAGUUCAUGAGAGAGCAGAUUAGCUCUGAGAUGGAGAACCCCCUCCUUCCCGAGAUGAAUGCGAUCCUCGUCGGUCGAGUGCCUGUCGCUACCAACUUCGCUGUCAAUGAGUUUCACUCUAUUGUGGAAAUGAUUGCCGGUCCCAAAGAGAAGCAACGUGCCAAGGACCUUCUUGAAAGGAUCAGGGUAGUGCAAGAUUGCCCAUCGCAGCGAGUGCUCUCUCUCCCCAAGACGGGCAAGAUCAAGCAGAGACAUAUGGUCAUCUUCGGUACCAGCGAUUCCCUCGGCAUACCCACUCUCUCGGCGAACAUGUCUUUCGCUCGUGCUGCGCGCCAACAGGGGGCCAUACUUCAUGUCAUCCGUCAUCGACCAAGAGCUCUCACUGGAGAUUGAAUGAACAACAAUGUGCCCCCCUUUUCCUCCCCCUCUUACCCUUCCCCCCUUCUCCUCCUCCCCCCUGUCACUCCCUUCCUCUUUGUGUCCAUUGGCUGUCUUUGUUGUCGGAUUAUGAUCAGUAGUACCUUGUACAUUUGUUACCUCUCUCUCUCUCUCUCUCUCUCUCUCUCUCUCUCUCUCUCUCUCUCUCUAUCUAUCUAUCUAUCUAUCUGUGUGGUUCUGUUUUGGUUUCUUUUUCUUUCUGUGGUUUGCCUGCCCCGCCCGUGCGUCGUUUCUGCCUUUCCGUUUUUAGACUAUGGUUUGAAAUUGGACUGUUUUGCAUUGUGCUUUCGCCUCUCUUCAUCGUCUCUCCUCUCCCGCAUUCCUUCGGUGUUUCUCUUCUGUCGUUCGGUUCAGAUCAUGAUCAAUAGUGCCGUUGUGUUGUUGUCGCUACCUCCUUCGUCUCCCUUCUCUCCUUCUCGCUUUCCUCCUUGUCCUUAACUUUCCUUUCACCCUCUGUGCCUCUUCUCUGAUGUCUUUCAAAAGUCGUUUCGUGUGCAUCACAGUCGCACUUUUGCUC